GCGUUAACGGAGCGAUGGCGGCGUCCAAGGUGAAGCAGGACAUGGCUCCGCCCGGGGGAUACGGGCCGGUGGAUUACAAGAGAAACCUGCCUAAGAGAGGCUUGUCCGGGUACAGUAUGUAGACUGUUGGUAUCGGGGUGAUGAUGUUUGGGUACUGGAGGCUCUGUCGCUGGAAUCGAGAGCGAAGGCGAAUGCAGAUCGAGGACCUGGAGACCAGAAUCGCCCUCUUACCCCUGCUGCAGGCGGAGCACGACAGACAG